AUGUCCAAUUAAUUGGUAUUUAGUAAUUAUAAUUUAGAAAUUACAACUUCUUAUCCUAUUGAUUGUAAAUAAAAGUUAUGAAAGUGAAUGCAAUUGUGAUCAAUUAGAAGAAAAUGAUUGUAAAAUAGCAAAACAAUGUAAAUUCGAUUAAAAUUAAUGUUAAUUAAAAAGUUGUUAGGAUUAUUCUAUAUAUGAAUGCAAUUAUGUUGAUAAUUGUAAUUUAGAGAACAAUAUAUGUAUAAAUCAUGAUUGGUCUACAUGUGCAGAUAUACCAUUAGAAGUUUGUGAAUUACGUGAUAAUUGUGCAAUAAAUAAUGAAAAUUAAUGUAGAGAAUUUACAAAAUGUGAAGAUUACUAAUUUAAUAAGAAUUAGAAUUGUAAUUCAAAAAAUGAAAAUUGUUAUAAUGGAAUAGAUGGAUAUUGUAAAAGUAAAAUAGUCAUUGGGAAUUGUUAAGAUAUUCAAUAAGAAUGUGAAAAAUAUAAAAUGUUAGAUAAAACAUAUUGUGUAAUAUCAACAGAUAAUAAAUGUGUUAGUAUUGAAAUUACUUAAUGUUCAAAUAUGAAUGGAACACCUGCUUGUUCUUUAUAUGAAGAAUGCAAUUGGGAUAUAAGUACUAGUAUUUGUAGUGAAAAAAGAUGUAAUGAUUUGAAUUAAUAAAAUUGUAAUGGUUCAAUAAAGAAUUUGAAUGGAGAUAAGACGAUUUGCUAUUGGGAUAAUGGAGUAUGUUAAAAAAUGAGUUCAAUUGAUGAUUUAUCUGAAACAAAUUGUUACUAAUCAACAAAUGGUUAGAAUACUUGGAAAGAUGGAUAGUGUCAAGAAUGUACUUAAUUGAGUGGAAUAAUAAUACUGAUAAAUUAUUUAAUAUAUUUAUUUUGA